AUGGAAAACAUAGGAGAAGAAAUAAUUGGUAUGGCUUUACCUGUUGCACUGUUCUUGCUAAACACGAAUCGUGUUCAAAAAGCUAUCGAGUGUUGCAAAGAAAGCUUGUUUUUGAUGAAUUGCAACACAGAAGAGAACGACUUGCAAUCUAUCAAACUGCUUCUCAUGGAAUUCUAUUUUAUUCUUUUCCGCGCUUACCGUCGUAUCUCUGACUACAUAAAUGCGGAGAGAUACUGCCGUGAAUUGCUAGUCCUCUCCCAUGAGUCUGGUGCCUUACUGAAGGAAGGAAAUGCAAGCAUGGCUUUGGCAAAAAUAUGUGAGAUUCAGUGUAAGUUUACAGAAGCCACACAACUUUACGAUAAAACGAUUAACAUCAGGGCACAAAUAGGGGAUAAAAAAGGAGAAGGAAACGCCUGUGUAAGAAUUGGAGCUAUGUUUUAUAAACUUGGUGAAUACGUAAAGGCGAAAGAGUAUUACGAGAGAGCUCUUAAGAUCACAACUCAAAUUGGCGACAGAAACGGAGAAGCAUUAUCGUACGUAAACUUAGGAGCUACGUUUGAGUCACUCGGGGAAUAUUUGAAAGCGAAAGAAUAUAUCGAGAGAGCCCUUGCUAUCAGAAUUGAAAUGGGCGACAGACUAGAAGAAGCGACAUGCUACGGAAACUUAGGAGUUGUGUUUAUGGGGCUUGGGCAAUACGUCAAGGCUACAGAGUAUCUCGAAAAAGCCCUUGCUAUUAGGACUAAAAUUGGUGACAGACUAGGAGAAGCAGCAGAUUACGAAAACUUAGGGCACGUAAAUUUGUUGCUUAGACAAUACUUCAAAGCCAAAGAGUAUUUACAAAAAGCGCUGUCCAUAAGAGCAGAAACUGGUGACAGAACAGGGGAAGCAGUAGAUUUCCUUAACUUAGGAAGUGUGUUUAAGUCGCUUGGGCUGCAAGUGGAGGCUAAAGUGAAUCUCGAAACGGCGCUAGCCAUCGCAACUGAAAUUGGCGACAGAGCAGGAGAAGCGCGUUGUUACGCUCAGUUAGGAGAUGUGUUUACCUCGCUUAGUGAAAACGUCAAAGCGAAAGAGUAUACUGAGAGAGCCCUUGCCAUCAGAAUUGAAAUUGGCGACAGGAAGGGAGAAGCAUUGUGCUAUGAAAAGUUAGGAAUGUUGUUUUGGUGGCUUGGGGAUUAUGACAAGGCGAAAGAGUAUGUCGAGAGAGCCCUUGCCAUCACUGCUAGACUUGGCGACAGAGCAGGAGAAGCUUCUUAUUACGCGCUGUUAGGAAAUUUGUUUACCUCGCUUGGUGAAAACGUCAAAGCGAAAGAGUAUACUGAGAGAGCCCUUGCCAUCAGAAUUGAAAUUAGCGACAGGAAGGGAGUAGCAUUGUGCUAUAAAAAGUUAGGAAUGUUGCUUUGGUGGCUUGGGGAUUAUGACAAGGCGAAAGAGUAUGUCGAGAGAGCCCUUGCCAUCACUACUAAACUUGGCGACAGAGCAGGAGAAGCUUCUUGUUACGCGCGGUUAGGAGAUUUGUUUACCUCGCUUGGUGAAAACUUCAAAGCGAAAGAGUAUACUGAUAGAGCCCUUGCUAUCAGAAUUGAAAUUUGCGACAGAUGGGGAGUGGCGGAAUGUUAUGGAAUCUUAGGAAAUAUAUUUUCUUCCCUUGGAGAAUACUUCGAGGCUAAAGAGUAUUUCAGAAACGCGCUUCUCAUUAGCAUUGAAAUUGGCGACAGAGAUGGAGAAGCAAAAUCCUAUCGGAACUUAGGACAUUUGUUUACGAUGCUUGAUCACCAAAUUGCGGAAGUAUGUUUCGAGAAGGCACUUUAUUUAUCCAGCACUAUAGAAGUACGUUACCUUGAGUUGCAAGUCUUGUUCGGUUACUCGAUAUUAUUUUUACAACAAAACAAGCUCAAAGAAGCUCUUUGGUAUUUACACCAGAGCAUUUAUAAAUUCGAAGAGCAAAGAAAUCUUCUUGGAAUCAACGAUCAGCUUAAAAUAUCAUUUUUGGAGGCGAGAGGUGCGUCUCCUUACAAGCUGCUGAGUUGGUUGCUCUGUGUUACCCGGAAUCCUCAUCAUGCUCUUUACGUUGAGGAGUUGGGUCGAGCAAGAGGCCUAUCAGACUUGAUGGCAGAGAAGUACUCCGUUGAAACGCACAUUUCUGCUAAUCCACAAUCUUGGUCUGGCAUUGGAGACAUCUUGAAGAAGGAAAAUAACUCUACUUGUUUGUACAUUUCUUUUUUUGCAAAUGUUGUACAAUUAUGGAUCAUGAAAUCAAGUGGAGUCAUCUAUUUCAAAACAAUUCCAGUGAAAGAAUAUUUCGUUCUAGCUGGGUUGGCCAAGAAGUUGUCAUUGGACGAUAUUUUGGUCAACAGUUUCCGUAGUUUUGGUUGUUUGCCCAUGGAAGAGUGCGAGGAUCGUUCUUUACAAGUGGGUGAGCCGCAACCUAUUUCACUAGAGCAGAGGAGCUCCAAAGCAUCACGACUUGUAGAGGAAGACAACAACGAGGAGGAAAUUUCGAGUAUAUUCUUGUGUUACAAAAUCUUUAUUGCCCCAAUUUACCAUUUACUUGAAGACCCAGAAGUCAUUAUCGUUCCUCAUAGUAGCUUGUACAAAGUUCCAUUUGCAGCCCUAAAAGAAAAGGAUGGAGCCGAAUACUUCUCGGAGAGUCAUAGGAUCCGUAUUGUUCCUUCUUUGACAACACUUAAGCUCAUUCAAGACAGUCCGGUGGACUAUCACAGCAACAGUGGUGCACUGAUAGUAGGUAAUCCCAAGGUUGGUUGGCUGUCGCCACUGCCAUGGGCUAGAAUAGAAGCAGAGAUGGUUGGAAGGCUGGUGGGCACUGCACCCCUGGUAGGAGAGAGAGCAACGAAGCAGGCUGUACUUGAACAGAUAACUUCAGUCAGCCUGAUACAUUUUGCAGCCCAUGGUGACGCCGAAAGAGGAGAAAUAGCCCUCUCCCCUAAUCAAACCCCCGACAAUCCAAACAUUAUUCCGCCAAAGGAAGCCUAUAUGCUGACGAUGGGUGAUGUUUCACGAGUAAAAGUCAGAGCUAAACUGGUGGUACUCAGCUGUUGUCACAGUGCAAAUGGACAGAUCCGAGCCGAGGGAGUUAUCGGAAUCGCCCGGGCGUUCCUAGCUUCCGGUGCUCGGUCGGUGUUGGCUGCGCUGUGGGCCAUUCCAGACUCAGCAACAGAGAAGCUCAUGCGUCGGUUCUACGAACAUCUUGUUGGUGGAGAAAGUGCAAGUGAAUCUCUUCACCAGGCCAUGAAGUGGAUGAGGAAUAACGGUUUCACCAUGGAGUCUGACUGGGCUUCAUUUAUGCUGAUUGGAGAUGACGUGAAGUUGGAGUUUGGCAAACAGAGGAAAGAAGACCUCAAAAAUUAAAAGAACAAGAAA